CGCCAGAGAGGUUUCAGUGAAGCCGACAACACACAGCGAAAAGUCCUUCCAACUCUUUUUUUAGUUAUUUUAAACUGCUUCAUUUUUGUUACUGUCAGUGUUUAUAUGACAAUUUGAUCUAAAGAGACUUCAAGCUUUAAGGAUCUUAAAGAUCUAAGGAGACUGCAAGCUGUACCUGAUAACCACAAUUUUUGUCUGUAAGGCACCUGCCACAGUUUUUAAACGAAGACGGAACAUUACAUAUCUUUUAUUUUCUUUUUAUUCUCAGCAUAAUUACAGGACAAUCGAGUAAAGCAGUAACUGCUUUUGUCUGAGACCCUUAAGGGUUCGAGAGGAUCGUGCGUCAGUGUUUCUCGCCUUGUUUGUCUCGCUUAUCUGCACUCUUUUUGCUCUCACGCUCACAGGACCUUUAGGGAUUUUCGAGCGACUUCAUCCCUUCUUCACGAAAGUUUUUCUUUCCUUCUUUUCCGAUCUCCCACUCUCAUAUUAUCCUAAGAAUGCCCGCCGUGUUCCUUUUGAUCCGCUCGGCUCUCCUCCGGAUACUCGGCAGCAGAUUAGCCAGGACAGCAGCACGCUUUCUCAGCAGAAGCGUGUCCACUGCGGCGGUCCACCUCUCCGCCGCGCUGCGCCUCGUCUGGGAGCGCAUCAGCUCUCAGGAGUCCAAGGAGGCCAUUCUCGGUUGCGUGCUCUGCAUUCUCAACAUGCACAAAAAAGUAGACAACUGACCGUUUGCGUUUCUCUUUUUUAAUCACCGUGUUUCUCACACCAUAAUCUUUAAUCAUGAUAUUUAAUGUCUGAUUGUAAUUUUAAAGGGGAAGGUAUAACUUCGCGAAACAGGUCAAAAGCAUUGUGAGGAAAUUCAGCAAUUCACUAUCAAACUGCGCAGGUCUUAUCGAUCAAUACACGUGGUUCUGUACACCGAACAGUCUGCUAAAAGACUAUUCUGAAUGCAUGUGGACAGAAGGACGUGGGGACGAAAUGAAAAUAAACUCUGCAUAGAGAUCCAACCUCAAAAUCACCAUCAUCGACGGUCCGGGGAGCAGCCAAGCCACCCUGAAAAGGUUGAGCCCGUAUUCCCAACACAAACAACAACAACAGCAACAACAACAGCACAUAAGCCACCACACAUCUGUCCAAAGCCGUUGUGGAUUUCCGUGAAAAAAGG